UUUUGUUUGAAGAAUAAAAUAUUUCAAAUAUCUUUCAAAACAUUCGCCUUUCUCAAAUAAACGCAAACGAAAAGUUUCAUUAAAGGUCGUUUGAAAUCGACCAGCUCUCUCGCUUAAAAUGCUGUCAUCGCAGGUGGCUGUCAGCUAUGCACUCUUUUUCGCAAGCCUAAUGAUCUUGUGUCAACACGCCUUAAGUGCAUUCUCAAAUGAUUUCUGUAAAAUGAAAUGCGGCACUCGUCGACAUACGCUCUGUAACCGGGUGAAAGUUCAUAACUGCAGCUACAAAUCAUACCACAUAUACGGUAGCGCCGAACUGGAAGACUUGAAUCUGCGAAAUCAGCUCAUUAUGGCGCACAAUGGCUUACGCGAACGUAUCGCCAGCCGUGUGCAUGUCGCUGAUAUGGUGCUGAGCAAAUGGAGCAAACAAUUGGCGACAAUGGCGGAAAAUUGGGCACAUCAAUGUCGACCAUAUGAGGAUGAUGAAUGCGCUCACACGUCAUUGCCGAUGAGUGUACAAACUUUGAUCAAUAUUAUGCAUGCAAACCAACGGGAAAUGUUUGUAGCCAUGAACCGCUUUUGUAUCACUUCGCUUUAUUUGCCGCAUGAAUUGCUGCAAAUGGCUUUGAAUAGGUGGUACUUUGAAAAGGAUUACAUGAAAGCGCCCAAGAAACAAAACUUUCACAAUCAAACGUUAGGACUUCUUAGUGGUGAAAAUAAUUUUACGCAUUUAGCCUUUCCACAAAUUAGACGUAUAGGUUGUAGUGUUGCCAGAUAUGACAAUGCGUAUUGCAUAUUUUGUUUGUAUGAUCCCUACUAUAGACAUACCGAGGGUAUGUUGUUUACUCAUGGCAAACCAGCAACGAAUUGUCCAUCGCAAUAUCCCCUGAAAGAUCUCGAUUUUCCAAAGAUGUGUACGCGCAAUAUCUAUCUGGAUCCAGAUGAAUUGAAUCUUGUUGCAGGCAAAAUUCAUAUAUGGAGAUUUUUAUUAAUAAUUAAUUUUAUUCAAUUCUGUUUAUAAUAUUUUAACAAUUUUAAGAUUCGUAUAACUAUUUUUAUGCAUAUUUAAUUAUAUAGUACAACCUUCGUAAA